AUGGAAGCACAACUCAUACACUGUCGUCCGCCUACUCUCGAGCAAACACAUCGCAGCCACCUCAGGAUUUCAGACGAACACAGCACAGCCGACAGUUGCAGACAAGACUCGCAGACACACCAGCUCCUGGCAGAAGGUCUACAACGACAUAACGAGCAUGCGAACUAA